AUGAAGGUGAACAUGUUUCUGCAGCGUAUGUUGAAAAGAAACAGCGACGAAGAGCUGAACGUAGAGCCAAGGUGCGGGAAGGAGGAACAAAAGAGGAACGAGGCAGUAAGGUCAGGGGUUUCGAAGGGAAAUUGGAUCAGGAAGCUGGGGAAUUAUUCACCGAGCAAGUACCAAGUUCCAGCGAGUCCCGUGAGGAUGAAAGCUCUGGACAGAAGUGGCCUCUGCAACACCUACGAGGCUUCCACUCCUACGAGAACUUCCAGAACCCCCCUCGAGAUGCCCGACUUGGAGAGCAUUAUUCGCGAAUUCGAGAUGGGUUUUCUCUCACCCUCGAAACAAGACGUUGCCGCUGACGGUUCCAAGCAGAAGAACUUCGUUAAGAAGAUUGUCGCAGCUUUCGAGGUGAAGUACAAGGGCUAUAACGAUAUGAAGACUGCGUAUGAAGCCAGAGAGAGCGCAGAGGAGAGUAAAUUAGACAUCGCCAUUGGGGAGACCUCGAAAAGAAGAUCCGGGAUUUUCACUCCUUUCAAAAGCUCCUCCGACGAAGGCAGGCCGUGUGGAAAACUGGAUGAUUCCCCGAUGUCGAAAGGAAAUCGAGAAGAUGUAAGUGAAAUAUCUGAAAAUUCUACACCUUCGAACAAUCGUUCCGGAAGCUCGAAGAGGAGACCGCGAAUUUUUGGCUCGCCUUUCAAAAUCUCCUCCGACGAAGACGGAGACAACUUUGAUGAUUCUUCGCAACCGAACGAAGAGGAAACAAAAAAUGCAAACAGGAAGACGGAGAUUUUCGUUACUCCGUCGAAGGACAAGACUUUCAACUUGAAGAGCGCCGGUAAAUCGGGAAUAUUCUUAUCUCCCUUUAAUCGUAGCAAUUGCAAGAAUACAAGCAGGAGUUCGUCGGAGAUCUAUACAAGUCCCGUGAACAUCGAACGUCGAGACUCGAAGGAUUCCAGUUCAGACUGCUCCAGCCUUUUCAAGUUCGGCAAAGAAGAAUCCUCUCGAAGAUCGAACUUUCAUUUCGAUCUGUUGAAGGUGUCGUCCCACGACGAUACGAAGACCAUGGAUGAUAUCGGUCUCGACGUGACUUUACCAGAACCGGAAGAAACGAUUCUGUUGGAUGAAAACACGCUUCCGAAGACGAGCACGAUGAUUAACGAGUUCGCGAACGAAGGAGAUGAUUCAGUGGUGACAGUUUCAAGUGUAGACAAGACUCCAAAAAUAGUGGGGGCGUUUCUAAAGAAACCAAUCGAAGUGGAGGACACUUCGAUCGACUGGAUACCUAUCACCGGGAAGAAGUUACCGCGAAAGAGAUCGCUGAAGAAGCUGUUGUACUCGUUGGCCGGCAAGAAGUUCGAGAAGAAGAGUAAGCUGUUCUCCUCGGAGAGAAACUUGAACGAGGAGUCGCGAGAGUUUCAGGAUUCCGGCUACGACGAGAGGUCUUGCUCUUCGUCUUCUUUAACUUCUCUCAUUUCCAUUACGGAGGUCCUACUUCAACAGGAAAACACUUACGUCGAGCCAGAGAGGAGGAGAACUACCCUAAGCACCUUCAGAUCGAGGAACUCCUUGGACGAAGAGGAAGACGAAGCGUUCUGCGAUGCUUAUCGCUGUACAGGGAAAUUUAGCAGAAGGAAGCUACUCCUAACCGAAGUACCUCGGAAAGAUGUGAAACUAGAUCUCGGGCCGUCUUAUCCACCGUCUUAUAAGAUGACUUGUAGCUCGCCUCCUCCGGUAGGUGUUCCUUUAAGGAAAAUACCCAAACAUCCGUUCCUCUCCAAGAUCCCGAAACAUCCGUUCGUCGCGCUAACGAAGAUGGACGAGCCCCAGGAAUUUCAGAACGCUCAGGUGUGUCGCACCAGCCAGGAACCGCUGGUGAUCAUUAAGAACGACUUGUACGAAGUGGAGUUUCGUAGAAGCUGCGACGACAUUUGCUCCUCCAACUCUUGUCGCAGCUCCUCGUCGGCGGCGAGUCAGUACGAUGUACCGAGGAGGUUCUUGUCGAAAUCUGAGCCUGAAAUCUCGUCGAUCUGCCAGUCACAACCAAUCAGACGAGAAAAGACGUCGGAAUACGACGUUCCAAAUUCCCAACCUAUCGAGAGACCUAGAUCCAGCGUUUUCGAGGAUGCACUUUCGUUGAAGAGGAGGAGCGUCAAUUUAGGAGAUCCGACUACUUCCAACUACGCGGUUCCACGUGAUUUAGGGUCUCCGUAUGCCACAAUUAAACCGAGGAAUACCAGGAUUUAUCUGAAUAACGAGACGCUGCGUUCCUUCAACGACUUGACUUCCAUGGAGAAGAGUUCUGCGCUUUAA